UCUCCAGUCUAUCCUCUCCCGCCGGCGAUCUCCGCCUCGCCCGCAAUCCUGAAGUCACUCCUCCCUCACUCGUCAGUUUCACACUCUCGACGCCGUCGCUGUUCCGUCACAAGGUAAAAGGUUGUCGCCGCCACCGCGCUAUCUCCCUCGCAUUCAUGCGGCUGCUAUUCUCUCCCUCAGACUCCUCCUCGCCGUCUCAGGCUUGCAGGCAGUGUCGCUUUCUCCAUUGUCCGUCGGACUCUUCCAUGCCCUUCUCCGACACUCUCUCCCUCAUCGUUGGCGUAGCUUCUCUUUCCCUUAGACUCCCUCUGUUCGCCCAUACUCUUCCUCACUUCACCGUCUGACCCCUCAGUACCCGCUCGCGCAAGGCUUAGUUCUCCAGUUCGUACUCAGUGCAGCUGUAGAGGCGUGACUGUGAUGGCUGAAGUUGCUCCUGCUUCCGGCACCCUCAAUCCCUUUUCUCUAAUCCUAGCAUCUCAGACUCUCAGUACAAGUGGAAGCUUGUUUGCCAGAGCAUAAAGAAGCAAUCCAGCAGGCUUUUGUCCUGCUACCGAUUGAAUUUUCUGUUUUUAUACGUGUAGGUAUAUGUGCGUGCACAAGUAAGGAACCGCUUAUGUUUGGUUCAUGGCUUUUAUUUGAUUAUUAUACAUAGAAUUAUUUGUACUGUGUCAUCCUGGAAUGAGUCCUACUUUACUUCCUAAACAUGUUCUUGCUGUUGUAAGAUCUCAAAAGGACCCGCUUAAAGCACUUGACAUGUUCAACUCAGUGAAAAAGGAAGAUGGAUUCAAGCACACGUUAUUCACUUAUAAAUGCAUGAUUGAAAAGCUUGGACUCCAUGGGGAAUUUGAGGCAAUGGAGAAUCUUCUUUCAGAGAUGAGAUCCAAUAUUGAUAACAGCUUACUGGAGGGAGUAUAUAUUGAAGCCAUGAAGAACUAUGGGAAGAAAGGGAAGAUUCAGGAAGCUGUUAACGUAUUUGAGCGGAUGGACUUCUACAAUUGUGAGCCAUCUGUUCAAUCAUUUAAUGUGAUUAUGAAUAUACUAGUUGAGCAAGGGUAUUUCAAUCAAGCCCACAAGGUAUACUUGAGAAUGAGAGAUAAAGGGAUUGCUCCUGAUGUGUACACCUUUACUAUAAGGAUAAAGUCCUUCUGUAGGACAAGCAGGCCCCAUGCUGCUCUGAGGCUGCUCGAUAACAUGCCUUUCCAGGGGUCUGAUUGCAAUGCAGUAGCAUAUUGUACAGUUAUUGCUGGAUUUUAUGAAUGCAAUCAUCCAGUUGAGGCAUAUGAAUUGUUUCAUAAAAUGCUUGGGCAAUAUCUAUGUCCUGAUAUUGCCACAUUCAAUAAGCUUAUUCAUACACUUUGUAAGAAGGGUAAUAUCCUAGAAAGUGAGAAGCUUCUCGACAAGGUGUUAAAGAGGGGGAUUUCUCCUAAUUUGUUCACUUUCAAUAUUUUCAUUCGAGGACUUUGCAGGGAAGGUGCUCUUACCAGGGCUGUCAAAUUAUUUGAUAGUGUGUCUAGGGAGGGCCUAGUUCCCGAUGUUGUAACCUAUAAUACAUUAAUCUGUGGAUUGUGUAGAAAUUUAAAGGUUGUCGAGGCUGAGAGGUAUUUGCACAAAAUGGUUAAUGAAGGACUUGAACCUGAUGGCUUCACCUAUAAUAGUAUUAUUGAUGGAUAUUGCAAGGCUGGGAUGAUACAGAAUGCAAAGAAUGUUUUGAAGGAUGCAAUCUUCAAGGGGUUUGUGCCUGAUGAGUUUUCUUAUUGUUCCUUAAUUAAUAAAUUAUGCCAGGAUGGUGAGAUUGAUCAUGCCAUGGCUGUUCUUAAAGAUGCACUAAGUAAAGGUAUAAGGCCUAGCAUUAUUGUCUACAAUACCUUAAUAAAAGGGCUAUCUCAACUGGGUCUUAUUUUGCCAGCUUUGCAACUGAUGAAUGAGAUGUCAGAAAAUGGUUGCCGCCCCAAUAUAUGGACAUAUAAUUUAGUUAUCAAUGGCUUGUGCAAGAUGGGUUGUGUAUCUGAUGCCAAUAAACUCAUGAACGAUGCUAUUGCUGAUGGGUGUCUUCCGGACAUUUUUAGUUUCAAUACUUUGAUUGAUGGUUACUGUAAACAGUUGAAGUUAGAUGAUGCGAUUGAGACAGUGAAUAGAAUGUGGAGUCAUGGUGUGACUCCUGAUGUUAUCACGUAUAACACUUUAUUGAACGGCCUUUGUAAGGCUGCAAAAUACGAAGAUGUAAUGGAGACUUUCAAAACAAUGUUGGAGAGGGAAUGCGUUCCUAACAUAAUUACGUACAACAUACUCAUAGAAAGCCUUUGCAAAGCUAAGAAAAUGAACGAGGCUAUUGAUUUGCUUGUGGAAAUGAAAAGCAAGGGUUUGACUCCUGACACUGUGAGUUUGGGGACAUUGAUCAAUGGGUUCUGCGAGAUUGGUGAUCUUCAUGGAGCUUACCAGUUUUUCAGGACGGAAAACCAACAGAAGAUUUGUCAUACAACAGCAAUAUAUAAUAUAAUGAUUAAUGCAUGCGCUGAAAAGCUUGAUAUGAAUACAGCGGAAAAUCUGUUUACUGAGGUGAAUGAAAAUGGACUCAAUCCAGAUCGCUAUACUUAUCGAGUCAUGAUUGAUGGUUUCUGCAAGACUGGAAAUGUCACUUCUGGAUACAAUUUUCUGUUGGAGAAGAUUAAAAAAGGGUUUAUCCCAACACUGACAACAUUCGGGCGGGUUUUAAAUUGUCUCUGUGUGGAGCACCGGCUUCCUGAGGCUGUUGGCAUCAUUCACUUAAUGGUAGCCAAGGGCAUUGUUCCAGAUACUGUUAAUACAAUUUUUGAAGCUGACAAAAAGGAAGUAGUAGCACCUAAGAUUGUUGUGGAAGACUUGUUGAAGAAGGGCUCUAUAACUUAUUAUGCUUAUGAGCUGCUGUAUGACGGGGUUAGAGAUAAGAAGACACUUAAAAAAAUCCCCCAACCAUGAAUUCACGAUAGCCAGGGACUAGGUUAUCAGCUGUUGACGGAAAUGUGUGCAAGACCUCCUGAUCUGCAACUCGGUUCCCAGGAUAGGAGAGCUUCCAAUAGAUGCAUAUAAAAACGUUGAACUUCCUAUAAUCUGAAAGUGAACUUAAGGAAUAGCACAAGGGAUUGCAAAUUUGAACCUAAUUCCAUCGGAGCAUUGUUGAAUGGAAUGUUAUCCCAGAUGCAAAAUCACCAUUAUUUACGUUUGGCUGGGGAAACAAUGAAUGAGGCUUCUAUAUCGUCAAUACCUAUUGGAAGCUUAAGAAUCCUCCAUGAUGUUUUUGUUAUCUUAACCAAUGCCUUUUAAUCUAUUCCGCUUUAUGUCAUGAAAUCAUGAAUAGUAUCUAGGCCUUUGGCAUUUGAUAACAUAGUGGUGGUCUAGGCCCAAAAGCAGCACAAUACCCCAAGUUUGUACCCAAGAGAUCUUCGGCCACAAGGCCACCAAUAUUAUCCUAAACCAGUACCAUACUACCAUGGUGAACUGGCUUUUCGGGCUAGUGACUGUUGAUGGAAAAUCAAACAUAGGAGGCAGCUAAGUGUUUCAGUGUACUAAAGUCAGUGAAGCAUUUGUGAUCUGUGCAGUGAAUUAGGUGGAGGGCGGCACAGAGCAUCGAAAACAAGUGGAGCACAAAAAGUGGUUAAAAGCCAUCCCCAGAAUGCUCAUCAAUGUGAAUUAUGAGACACAUCAUGUCGAGGGAAAGGCAAGGAAGCCCAAUCAAGAACAAGGCAAGUAUUGAUGAUCUCCAGCUGCACACAACUGUUUGAUAAUGACCAUGUCCCGCAGAAUUGAUUUUCAAUAUAGACUACAAGAGUGGUGGGAGUCUGUAGAUUACAUCUCCGGAUUAUUGUACUCUUGCGACAAGGGAAGCGAGAUUCCCUCUGAUAGUCGUAAAGAAACUUUUUUUCUUACUUUAGCUUAAGCUACCAUUUUAAACAGCCCUGUAAUAGUAUUUCCAAUGCAUCAAAUUAACAUAUAAACUUUGGAGGCA